AUUUCAGAAAGCUCCUUAACUGAUAAUCCAAUAUAUCAAAGCAAGAAAAAAUGGGGUCCGCAAAAUUUGCUUUGAUAUUAACAAUUGUUAUUAUCUCAAUGUGUAGCAUUUCCUUGGCACAAAAUUCGCCCAAAGAUUUCCUUGACGCGCACAAUGCAGCUCGUGCAGAGGUUGGUGUUGAGCCACUCGCAUGGGACGACACCGUCGCAGCCUACGCUCAGCAAUAUGCGGACUCGAGGAUCAAAGAGUGCCAAGUAGUGCACUCUCAGGGGCCUUAUGGGGAGAACCUGGUGGCCAGUCCCGGCGAUGUUAGCGGCACGGACGCAGUGAAAAUGUGGGUGGCGGAGAAGGCAAACUAUGACCACAAGGCCAACAAGUGUGUGAAUAAUCAAGAGUGCAUGCAUUAUGCUCAGCUGGUUUGGAGCAACACGUUUCUUGUUGGGUGUGCUAGGUCAAAGUGUGACAAUGGCUGGACGUUUGUCAUCUGCAGCUAUGACCCACCUGGCAAUUUUCAAGGUGAACAACCUUACUAGUUUUAAUGUCGUGUUGAGGAGCACCCAGGUUGUGUGCCAGAGUAAUUAAUCUCCUCUCAAUUGGGUGCUAUUUGUUUGGAGAUUUAGAAUAUUAUAUUAUGAGGUGUAACAUUUUCAA